GAUGGCGGCCAUGCAUGCAAUGCGCCGAGAUGGUGUGGAGCUCCGUGCCGUCGCCAUCUCGGAGGACGGCAAAGCCACGGGCAUUGAAACCACCGACAUAAAACCAAUCUCUCGCCGGGAGCCCCUGCAGCAAGCGAUGGAAGGCUGUGACAUCUUGAAGUUGAACAUCACGGACAGCAGCAGCCGGGAACAGCUCGUGACCACGUUUCAAGGCUGCGACGCGGUCGUCGCCUGCCCCGGAAGCCGACAAAGUGGCAUCGCAAACACUUGCGCCAAAGGCGCUCGCCAGAUUGUGGAUGCAAUGCAGCAGGCAAAUGUCUCUCGGCUGGUCGUGCUUUCGUCCAUGGGCAUUGGUGAUGAUUACCUACCCACGAACUGCAUGAAAUGCUUUUGGGGCUGUCUUUUGACAUGCGUGUGGCCAAGCACGCGGAGGGACCUCGAGCAGAUGGAAGCGAUUGUGACGGAGUCAGACUUAGACUACCUCUUGGUGCGCCCAAUGGGGGUCGACCCUGGUGAGCUGCCCCGAAACUCCUACAAGCUUGUCACAGGCAAGGGUCAGGGUGGUCUUCCGAUCACAGUGUCCAAGGAUGACGUGGGCCUGUGCCUUUUGGAAGAGGCCAUCGCCCCCUCCCACUCGAAGACGGCUGUGACAAUCGGCCGAGACGACGCAGCGAAGACUGCCGUGUAG